AUGGCGAUUGUUACGCCAAUGCUGCCGCAGGUAGAAAAUCUGCUGGAAAAACAAUAUGAAAAUAAGAUUCGUCCUUAUAUCGAUCUCAUCGAUUCACUGCGGGCGCUGGGGGUGGAGGAAGACCUGGCGUUGCCGGCGAUCGCUGUCAUUGGUGAUCAGAGUUCUGGGAAAAGUUCCGUCUUGGAAGCUUUGUCUGAAGUAUCCCUUCCAAGAGGCAGCGGAAUUGUCACGCGGUGCCCACUGGAACUCAAGUUAAGGAAGAGCAGAGGAGUUACAGACUGGACUGCGACAAUUUCUUAUCGCGACAAAAAGGAAACUCUUCACAGCCCCUCUAGGGUGGAGCAAGAAGUUAGGAAAGCACAGAACAUAAUAGCUGGCACAGAUAACGGAAUCAGCGAUGAGCUGAUAACCCUGGAGAUCGUCUCUCCCAAUGUUCCUGAUCUCACUCUGAUCGAUCUACCCGGCAUCACCAGGAUCGCAAUGCCAAACCAACCCAAAGACAUCGGAAAACAGAUCAAGCUGAUGAUCAAGAAAUACAUAUCAAGACAAGAGACCAUCAAUUUGGCUGUGGUCCCUUGUAAUGUAGAUGUUGCAACAACUGAGGCUCUGGAAAUGGCCCGAGAAGUGGAUCCUACCGGAAACCGCACUAUAGGGAUUCUGACCAAACCUGACUUGAUUGACAAAGGAACAGAGAUGCAUGUUUUGCGCACAGUCCAGAAUGACGUGUACCAUCUUAAGAAGGGCUACAUGAUUGUGAAGUGUCGGGGACAGAAAGAAAUCGAUGAAAACAUUUCCCUGCAAGAAGCACUAGAAAAUGAAAAAGCGUUCUUUGAAAACAAUCAGCACUUCAGAGCUCUCUUAAGAAAUGGACAGGCCACAAUCCCCAACCUGGCAGAAAGACUCACCACAGAACUUGUGACUCAUAUUGUUAGGUCAUUGCCUGAUAUAAAAUAUCAGAUCAAUAAUAAACUCCGUGAGGCAGAGGAUGUACUGAAUGCCAUUGGUCAAGGUCUGCCUGACUCAGAAGAUGACAAAAUCCUCUUUCUUGUAAAGAUAAUUACAGAGUUUACAAAUACAAUUACACACAUAGUAAAUGGGGAGCAUGAUGGAGCAAGUGAAGAUUUAAAACUCUUCAAAAACCUGAGAAAACUGUUUGGUUCUUGGGACAAAUUGAUGAAGACUUCUAGCUCACAAUUUGUGCACGAACUGAAGAAGGAGAAGAAUAGUUAUGACAAUCAGUACCGUGGACGGGAGCUCUAUGGGUUCAUCAACUACAAGAAAUUUGAGAACAUCUUGCACAAGCACAUCUUGUCCUUUCAGGAACCUGCCAUUAACAUUCUACACGACGUCAGCAAAUUAGUACAAAGCUGCUGCACGCAGGAAUCAUCAAACUUUUUCGAGAAGUAUAAAAAUCUGAAUGCUUCUGCUGUGGACAAAAUUCAAGAUAUUUCCCGUGAACUGGAGCAGCAAGCUGAAAACACAAUUAAGUUGCAGUUCCAGAUGGAGGGAAUCAUCUACUGUCAGGACUCUAUCUACUGCAAAGCUUUGUCAAGUGAGAAGACAGGGGGGGCCUCUGGGAGCAGAGUGCCUGCACAGGAACAAAGUCAGCUGUCAAUGGAGGAACUGGCCAAUCAUUUACAGACCUAUUUAACGGAAACGACAUCUCGUCUGUCUAAUCAGAUUCCUCUCAUUAUUCAACAUUACAUUCUGAAAGAGUAUGCGGGAAAACUGCACAAUCAGAUGAUCCUUCUGAUACAAAACAAGCAGAACACGCAUCUCCUCGAGGAAUCGCAUGAACUGGCAGAACAGAGGCACGCGCUAAAGAACCAAAUUCAGCGCCUCAGGCGGGCCCAAGAACAUUUGUCAAAAUUUCCAGGACAAUGA